AUGGAUGCGGCUCCGCCUAUUGUCGCGAAGAUGCAGGCAAUGAAGGAGCAAAUGGAAGUUAUGAUGAACGCCCUCAAGGGACAAGUAUCCAGCGAUCUUGAUGACCUACGAGAGGACGAGAUGCUGAGGUCCUACAUAACUCGUUUCAACAAGAAGGCCUUCUCAAUUGACGAGGCAGACGACAAGAUACUCAUGACAGCAUUCACUAAUGGGCUACGAAAGGGUAAGUUCCUAUUUUCUCUAUACAAGAACGAUCCAAAGACCAUAUCGGAAGUGCUUUACAGGGCUACCAAGUAUAUGAAUGCAGAGGACGCACUGCUGGCCCGCAAAGAUAAGCCUAGAAAAAAAGAAAGACAGGAGGAUACACGACAUGAUAGGGAGCACAAAAUGUCUAGGACCGGAGAUCGACGGGAUGAUAGACGCUCCAAACCCUCUACUGGGAGGUUCACAAGCUUCACCCCGUUAACUGCCCCAAUAGAUUAA